AUGCGGCUCCGAGAGGAGCAACGGAAAAUGAGAGCCGAGCACGCGGAGACGACGCGACUGCGUGAUGCUGAGUUGCUGCGACUUCGAGAGGAGCUGCGUAGCACAUCACAGAUAAGUCCUUCCCAUAAGAUCAAGGAAGUGUAUGAGAUUUACACAAAGAAGGCAGCCAUUGAUUCCACAUUUGAUGGGAAGCAAGUUGAUAAUCUCCAGGUACCUGAGAAGAAUGUGAAUUCUCAGAGAAUUAAUUUACGCCUUGCGGCUCUAAAAGAGAAUUGGGAUAGAUUUCUCAUAAAUCAUGAAGCCAUUUUGUUGUCAAUUAAACAAUUGGAGGAGGAGGAUGAGUUUAUUAUUCGAAAUAGUUUGUAUUUCACAGAUAAUUAUUUUUCGAGUACUAACGAGAGUUACUUAGAGUCAGCGGAGCGUAUGAAUUCUCUUGUUGAAUCACGCUCUGAUCAGAGUAGCAUUCCAGGGAGAACCUCCGUCACGACGUCUUCUCAAGGGUUAACCACGUCGACGGCCUCAUCGAGUCUCCCUGCCGUAUAUCAUCAUUCAAGGCUUCCUCGGUUACAGUUACCGAAAUUUAACGGCACGCCUUCAGAUUGGUUGCAAUUUAAAGAUCUCUUUUGUUCUUUAGUUAUCGAUAAUCCAACAUUGUCGGCUGUGGAGAAACUGCAGUAUUUAAAGACCAGUUUGACCGGUUCUGCUAGUUACAUGCUGACGAAUACCGCACUUACUGCAGAUAAUUUCUCUAAAGCCUGGAACGCUCUAAUUUCUUUUUACGAGAAUAAAAGACUCCUUGUUAAUGCUACCCUCAGUUCUCUUUUUAGUCUUAAACGCAUGACUAAAGAAUCUGCUGCUGAGCUUGAGAGAUUAUACACGACUGUAACUCAGAUUUACACAACUUUUGAAACUCUCGGACGACCUAUUGAUUCGUGGGAUGAUAUCUUAAUUUUUACAGUUACUCAACGACUAGAUCCUGAAUCUGUCAAAGUAUGGGAGCAAACUAUCGGUUCAUCUAAAGAGCUUCCUACUUGGAAUCAAUUCUUGGAAUUCUUUAUAACACGACUGGUUACCUUACAAAAUUAUGAAAAAUCGAGAUCAGGUAAGCCCUUCCAAUCCAUUCAAAAUUCUCAAAGGCUUCAUUUUCAGGGAAAAGUUAAAGAUAACGAUUCCAAAGCGUGUCCCUUCUGUGAGGAAGCACAUUGGCCAUACAAUUGCCCUCUCUACAAAAACAAGCCAUUAUCCCAACGAUUCGCACUUGUUAAACGAAUGCGUCUAUGUUAUAACUGUUUCGGACCACAUCGAGCCUUGCAAUGCCGGAUGUCGGUCCAUUGUAAAAAAUGUGCUGGGAAGCAUCAUGUCUCCCUCCACCGUGGAGACUUUGAAGGUGCGAAGGCUACAGUUGCUUCUUCCAACCCAUCUGAAACUAACAAAACAGAGAAUUCGACCCAUACCGUCUUGCUAGCAACUGCUCUUGUUUCUGUUCUCUCUCCCAACGGACAUAGUUGUCAAGCUCGUGCUCUCAUCGAUCAAGGAUCAGAGAUAUCAUUAAUUACUGAACGGUUAGCACAACAAUUACAUUUAUCUCGAGUCAAAUCAAAUAUCUCCCUAAUCGGAGUCGGUGGAAAAAAGUGCAACAAUUCCCGAGGAAUUGUUUCUUUGCAAUUAAAGCCUCAUUUCGAAUCAUCGUUCGAAUGUGUUGUAACCGCUCAUGUUUUGCCACGAUUAACUACUUCGUUACCUCCUGCUUCUCUCAAGGCUGGCACCUGGUCACAUUUAAAAAACUUACAAGUAGCAGAUCCCAACUAUCUUCAGUCUCGUCAAAUUGAUCUCUUACUCGGCGCCGAAGUCUAUUGUCAGAUUCUUCAAGAAGGAAUCGUGAAAGGACCUAUCGGGUCUCCUAUGGCUCAAUUUACUGAGCUAGGAUGGAUAAUCUCAGGUCCCACUCACUCCGGAACCUCUCCUAAUAGUUCUUUUAGUUUUCACAUAUCCAUUGAUGAAGACCUCUACCGUUUAGUGCACAAGUUUUGGGAGAUCGAUGAAGUACCUACAACUAACACCAUUCUUUCUGUCGACGAUCAAGCAUGCGAAGAUCAUUUCUUGUCCACCCAUUCUCGCACUCGAGAUGGAAGGUAUAUUGUUAGAUUACCUUUCAAGAAGUCAGUUGAUAACCUCGGCAAUUCUCGGCAAAGGGCCUCUCGGAUUAUGUUGAGACUUUCUCAUAAAUUUUCGUUAGAUUCUACUUACGCAAAGCAGUAUGCGGAGUUCCUGACCGAGUACGAACAGCUGGAUCACAUGAGGUUGGUCCCUCUUGAUUUACCGGAACCUCCGUUUGUAUACUAUUUGCCGCAUCACGGAGUAAGGAGAGAGCAAAGCCUCACCACUAAGCUUCGUGUUGUAUUUAACGGAUCCAGCGCUUCGUCCUCGGGGUAUUCCCUAAAUGACUUGUUGCAUACGGGAGCUAAGCUGCAAAUUGAUUUGUUCGACGUGCUUAUUUGGUUCCGUCAAUUUCAUUAUGUAUUUUCCUCAGAUAUGGAAAAAAUGUACCGCCAGAUAGGUGUUCAUUCCGACGAUUGGAACUUUCAACGAAUUCUUUGGUGCGAUGAAUCACACAAUUUAAAAGCAUAUCAACUAACGACAGUUACUUAUGGCCUAGCUUGUGCCCCUUUUCUCGCGUUACGCACCAUCCAGCAGUUGUUACACGAUGAAGGUUCCAAGUACCCUAUGGCGGUUUCAAGUCUACAAAAAGGACGGUAUGUGGACGAUCUGUUUGGCGGAGCAGAUAGCAUAGAACAAGCGCAAGAAGUGGUCUCUCAAUUAAAUCAACUGUGCAUGGCGGGCGGAUUUAAACUUAAAAAAUGGUCCUUUAACCAUUCGGAAAUUCUUGUCUCGAUUCCCAAGGACGAGCAGAUCUCCUGUUUAACCAUAGGGCUAGACAAUGAUACGAUUAUUCAUACUCUUGGGUUGCAAUGGCUACCAUCUAGCGAUAUGUUUCAAUUCACGUUUAACUAUGAAACUACCGCUGAAGUUACCAAACGCAAUGCCCUCUCGACAAUUGCCAGGAUCUUCGACCCUUUAGGACUUCUAUCACCAAUCAUCAUAGUCGCCAAAAUCUUUAUUCAGGAAUUAUGGUCACUAAAGAUAGGUUGGGAUGAACCCUUACCUCCCCAUAUAGCAGAUAAAUGGCAUAAGUUUUUAGACGCUCUUCAUGAAAUACCUAAGAUUGCUAUCCCUCGGUGGAUAGGGUUUUCCAGACACAGCCUAGUCGAAGUCCAUGGCUUCUCAGACGCCUCCCAAAAGGCCAUGGCUGCUGUCGUUUAUUUCAGGGUCACUAACUCAGUAGGGCAUACCACUGUUUAUUUCGUGGCAUCCAAGACUAAAGUAGCUCCUUUAAAACGAAUCACCAUUCCGAAGCUAGAAUUAUGUGGAGCCGUAUUACUCACUAAGUUAGUCUUCCACAUUUUGUCUAUACUUGAACUCGGAAAUUCACCUGUUAUUCUUUGGACUGAUUCAGCAAUCACUCACGUUUGGUUGAACAACCAUCCAUCGAGAUGGAAAGAAUUUGUGCGUAAUAGAGUCAGUUACAUUCAAGAGACCUUACCUCAAGCUGAGUUGAGAUUUGUCCCCGGCCAUCACAAUCCAUCAGAUAUCGCCACCAGAGGUGCUACGCCCUCUCAACUGUCAAAUCACUCUGAAUGA